CAUUUGAGCCGUGGAAGCAAUGAGCUGAAAAAAAUUUAAAAGAACCUGGGCACAUUCCAAAAAGUGUUUUUUUAGAGAAGUAGUAUGAUGAGGAAAUCAUUGCCUGUUUUUGUUUUUGCAAUCAUUUUGGUAAAUGCUGUCUCAAAUGUCCAGGCAUCAACAGUAUAUGAGACUUUGGAGUCUCUGAAAUAUAUGGAGUAUCUCAAUAUUGUGAAGGCCGCAGGUCUGGACUCGAAAUUCAAUGAUUCAGCUGUUACAUGGACUGUAUUUGCAGCAAACAAUACUGGAGUAAAUGCUACUCUGGCACCGAAACAUUUGGUUGUGUCUAAUAUAACUUCGAACUCGACUGAGAGCAAAGAUAUCAUUGAAUACACAUUGUACAACCAUACUCUUCUAUCUGAUGAUAUUAAGACAGGAACAACUAUCCUUACUGCUGUUAAUGGUAUGAAUCUGACAGUGGUUAAGAACACAACAGGAAUAUUUGUUAAUGGUAUAAUGGUGGUGACACCAAAUAUCACAGCAGACAAGUCUGUCAUAUAUGAAAUGGACUCUUUGCUGAUCCCACCGGAUAUCAAGCUGUAAUUGAGUGAGUGUAAUGUACUGUUCUUAGUGUUUCUUCAGUUGUUUUUGGUUGUGCAGUAGUGUUGUGUGGAUUUGAAUAAAAAAUCUUUAUGUCAA